AUGAAUCGAGUACUCAAUUCAUCCAGGCACGUGACUAGAAUAUCUGCGAAAUUGAGUAUUAUGACAACCAACAACACCCUCGGUGGUACUUCGGCCAAUUACUCGAUUGAAUCUGCCACCAUUGAUCGGACCACCUUCACGUCGAAAGAUACGGUGGAGUACGUAUGGAAAGGCCUGGGUCUUCCUGAGGAGACUCUUCGAUCUCUUCACAUAGAUGGGAAUGAGCUAGGUCUUCCCUCAUCGUUCAAGAUAGCAGAUCUUGCUCAAGCAACAAUUAGUCUUUCCGCAUUGCUUGCAGCUCAAAUUCAUGCCCUUCGCAAUUCCAUACCAACUCCGAUGGUAACAGUCCCUCGGCGGCAUGCCGUGAUCGAAUUCAAGUCGGAGAGGCUUUAUUCGUUUCCUGGUCAGUCUUUACCCGAUACAUGGGGUCCUCUGAGUGGACUGCACAAAUCCUUGGACGGAUAUGUGCGAGUGCACGAUUCCUUUACCAACCAUCACAACGGUGCGACGGCUCUUGUAGGAUGCUCACCGGAUGUCGAUCGCGCUGAGUUUGCUUCCAAAAUCGCGUCGUGGCGCUCGGUGGACCUAGAAUCUGCUGCAUUUGAGGCUGGUGUAGUGAUCUCUGCCCUUCGCAGCUACUCAGAAUGGGACGCCCUCCCGCAGGCGCGCGCAAUUGCCGACUUUCCUAUUCUCCUCCGGAAGAUCGGGGAUGCCCCUGCUGGCCUUCCGCAGGAGAUACGUGCAGCAAAUGCUGACAAAUCUCUCCGAGGCCUUCGUGUGCUGGAGUUCUCUCGGGUGAUUGCCGCGCCGUUAUCUGGGAGAACAUUGGCUGCUCACGGUGCUGACGUUCUCUGGGUGACCAGUCCAAAUCUUCCUGACCUUCCGGUCUUGGACCGUGACCUUGGUCGUGGGAAAAGGACAGUGCAGCUUGAUUUGCUGACACAGGAGGGUCGUGAGGAUCUCACCCGGCUCCUUGAGGACGCUCACGUCGUCAUUCAAGGAUAUAGACCUGGUAGUCUGGCUUCCCGCGGUCUCUCACCCGAUGUACUUGCUCGGCGGUUCUCGCAUCGCGGUAUCAUCUGCGCCAAUCUCUCUGCCUACGGACCUUCUGGUCCAUGGUCAGACAAACGUGGGUUUGACUCACUAGUCCAAACAUGCUCUGGCAUGAAUGUGUCCGAAGCGGAACAUUACGGUGCUGGGGAGCCUGCACGACCAAUGCCAUGCCAAGCUUUAGACCAUGCAGCAGGCUACUUCCUUGCGUCAGGUGUCCAAGCUGCUCUGUACAAGCAGGCUACAGAGGGCGGUUCUUGGGAGGUUAAUGUUUCCCUGGCUGGGGUAAUGAAAUAUCUGCGAUCGCUUGGGCAGUUCACCGGCAGAGACGGUUUCCAGUCACAGGACUAUACGUGCACUGCCGAUGUACCUUCGGAAUAUCUGGAGACAAGGCCAACAGGCUUCGGUGAAAUGACCGCUGUGCGUCAUUCCGCCUCGAUACAAGGGGUCGAGGUUGGAUGGGAUAUCAUGCCAAAGCCCUUGGGUUCGGAUGAGAAGAAGUGGCUAUAG